UCCGGAUCCGGAAAUAAAAGCCCCUCCCAAAUCCCCAUUCUUGAAAACCAUAAACACAAUAAAUAAUAAAGAAUAAUGUCAUCGCCAUUCCCUUCCUGCUUUCGGCCAUCCCACACCCGCCGUAAUGGUCCUCCAUUACCGGCGCCACCAGGCUCCUCCAACCCCAACCUGACCACAUACCUGUACCACACCGACACGGGCCUCGUGACUCUAACAUGGUCACGCUCUAUCUUAGGCCGCUCCCUCCACGUCCAGGUCCACAACCACAACCCCUUCGAUUCCCCUUCUUCUACUUCUUCUUCUUCUCCUUCUUCCUCCUCCUUUCAACUUCACAUAAAGCCCUUCAUAUUCUGGAAGAAGCACGGAUCCAAAACCCUCUCUUCCACCACGCGACUCUUCUGGAACCUCUCCAAGGCCAAGUUCUCUUCCUCCUUCUCCCCGGAACCCCACUCCUCCUUCUACCUCGCGCUCGUCGUCCACAACCGCAUCGUUCUCCUCCUCGGCGAUUCCCCCAAAGACGCCUACUCCAAGUCCAAGGCUCUCCACGCUAACAACCCCCACUCCCUCCUCCUCAAGAAGGAACACGUCUUUGCCGACACCGUUUACUCCACCACCGCCAUUUUCGGCGGCAAGACCCGCCGUAUUCAAAUCGACUGCGGCUCCUCCAGGGAUAACGACUCUGCCUCCUCCAAGCUCUCUUUCUCCGUCGACGGCGACAGGGUGCUGCAGAUAAAGCGCCUCAAGUGGAAGUUCAGGGGCAAUGAGAGAGUUGAAAUCGACGGCGUUCCGGUUCAGAUCUCGUGGGACGUGUACAACUGGCUCUUCGACAAGGAUAGUAACGGCGAUGGGCACGCCAUUUUCAUGUUCAAGUUCGAGGCGGAUGAACAUGGCGUGGACAGGAACGUCGUGAAUCCAUGGGCGCAGCAGAACUGGAACUUGGGUUUGAGUGGCUCCUGCGACUGGGCCAAGAUGUCGUCUUCUUCCGUCUCGGUGGGUUCCUCCGCCGGGUCAUUCGGCGGAAGCUCCUCCGUGUUGGAAUGGUCCAGUGUGGAGGAGAACGAGUUGGUAGAUCCCAUUGGCUUCUCACUCAUUGUUUAUGCAUGGAAGCGCUGAUUCCUCUUCUUACAUUGGAUUCUACUAUUCCCUUCUUGUUACUACGUUAAUUUCUAUGCUAACUGCUUAGAAUUUUAGGCAUUUUAGAUUACAUUUUUUUUCUUUUUUCCUCCUUCCCUUGUUGUUGUCAAACGUCAAUGAUGCGGCACUAACCCAUUUGUUUCGUGGACAUAAAGAGAUUCCAAGAAAUCUACUAGUUUAGGGUAUACAGUAUGCUAUCAUCAGAAUCUAUUCCUAGAUUCUGUCACUAACACAUUCAUUUCUCUUUUACAAGAUUCAGUGUCACCAGUUUGAGGUUGUUCUA